AUGGCACCCAGCGCCGUCACACCCCCGAACCAUAUCGAGACUGUUACCGAACUUACCCAAGACGGCAUCAAAUCUGCGCUUCUCAAGAACGCCCCAGCACAAAUCGACUCUGCAUCGCUCACAAACUCCAUCACUGCCACACCACCAAACGAGCCCGCAAGCAAAAGCCAAGAUGUCGUCGACGCACCUCUCGCUGAACUCGAUGCCUCCAAGGUUUCUUGCACAUACACCAGCACCCCGCGCUCCGUUCCCGCUGUAGGCUCAGCAGAGAUGGCCAGCCAGAAGGUCUGCACCGACCACAUGGUGCAAGCUCAAUGGAAUGUCGAGUCCGGCUGGGCAGCACCUGAGCUCAAGCCCUACGGUCCGCUUUCUCUCGCACCCACAGCCUCAUGCCUGCACUACGCAACCGAAUGUUUCGAAGGCAUGAAGCUGUACCGGGGAUACGACGGCAAACUUCGUCUUUUCCGCCCAGACCUGAACUGCCGCCGCAUGCUCAUGUCCACGAACCGUAUCGCUCUCCCCGCAUUCGACCCCGAGGAACUCCUCAAGCUCAUUGUCAAGCUUUGUGCCACCGAUGGUGCCAAAUGGCUCCCCAAGGACCGACCAGGACAGUUCCUCUACAUUCGUCCCACCAUGAUUGCUUCCGACCCCGCUCUCGGUGUUGAGCGACCGAAAGAGGCUCUUCUGUUCGUCAUCCUGUGCUGCUUCGCACCCAUGGGCGACAUGAGCGGUGGUAUCAAACUGCUCGCUUCCCAAGACGACAUGUGCCGCGCAUGGCCCGGCGGUUUCGGUUACGCCAAAGUUGGUGCCAACUAUGGUCCCUCGCUGGUUGCCCAAGGCGAAGCGAGAAAGCGAGGAUACCACCAGAUCCUCUGGCUCUUCGGCGACGACUGCACCAUCACCGAGGCAGGCGCGAGCAACUUCUUCGUUGUGUGGAAGACCAAGGAGGGAAAGCUACAGCUUGUCACUGCCGACCUCAACGAGCGUAUUGUCCUCGACGGUGUCACAAGGAGAUCCAUCCUAGAACUCGCCCGCUCAAGACUCACUUCUUCGUCCCCUUCAGCCGAUUUGGAGACUCUCGAGGUUGUUGAGCGCAAGUUCAACGUCUUUGAGAUUGAGGAGGCGGCCAAGGAGGGCCGUCUUGUCGAGGCUUUUGCGGCUGGUACGGCGUGGUUCGUUGCUCCUAUUAGCCAGAUCCACUUCCGAGGAAAGGAUAUCGAGGUCCCUAUGGUCAAGGGCGACUCUGGCGCGUACGCGAGCUACUUCAAGAGCUCCCUCAAGGGCAUCAUGUGGGGUAGCGACGGUAUGGAGGGACACGAGUGGGGCCGUGUUAUCGACGAGGAGUAG